CUCGUUUCUUAACUUCAAAUUGGCAUUCUUUUUGUGGAUCUGGUGCACCGAACCGUCUAAACCAUAAUGGAUAAGGAUAAUAGAGACGACUUUACCUUCGCCAAGCUGAGCGAUCUAAAGCAGCCGGUGACAUUCAGGAUCUCACAGCUAGAAGGAACGAUACCAAAGAAAUCCUUCACCGAGCUCCUUGAGAAUCCUGAUCUGAGGUUCCAUGGUGUACAACAAUCGACUCUCGCUGAUCUCUAUGUGACAUGCCAACUGGUGGCAGAUAACAAACCUCUCACGAUACCCUUCCGAACGUCCUUCAAAGCCUUCAAGAACAGCUAUACAUGGAACGAGUGGAUAACGCUGCCAAUACGCUACUGUGAUCUACCCCUUAGCUCCCAGAUAACCUUCACAGUCUGGGACAUUGCGGGUCCACGGUCUGCUGUCCCAAUCGGCGGCACGACUUUCAGAUUAUUUGGAAAGAAAUGGACUCUCCGCAGAGGGAAGCAUCGACUCCUCUUGUGGCCAGAUCGAGAGGCGGACGGCUCGGUGGAGACUACGACGCCAAGUAAGCUCGGCACGCGAGAUGAGAUGGGCAGGCUAGAGAAGCUCGUCAAGAAGUACGAGCGAGGCGAUCUACCAAAGACAGACUGGCUAGACAACCUUGCGUUCAGGAAGAUGGAAGAGAUACAUGCGGCAGAGACUGAGAAGUCUGACAACCUUUACCUGUAUAUCGAUAUGCCCCGUUUUGAUUUCCCUGUGAUAUUCAGCGAACCUGAAACUCCAGCCCCCUCUGCAUCCACAGCGGUGACAGCUGCGGCAACGCAUACUCCGAGUCAACCCUCUACCUCCGCAGUGUCUCUGUCGGAUAACACAUAUCUCUGGGCUAUCGUUGACCCAGAGGUAACGCGGGAGAAUCCUGUAGAAGAUAAACAUCGUCGACUUGUGCGCAGUCACAGAAGCGGUCCCUACGACAGGGAGCUGAAGCCGAAUGCCAAGAUCCGGGAUGAGUUAUCUCAUAUCCUCAACUAUUCACCGGCUGAACGGCUGACAUCGGAAGAGAAAGAUCUCAUAUGGAAAUUUCGUUUUUACCUCACCAGGGACAAACGCGGCCUUACGAAGUUCCUAAAGUCCGUGACGUGGCGCGACGCGUCAGAGGUAAGGCAGGCCGUUGAGGAGCUACUGCCGAUGUGGACCGAGAUAGACACGGACGACGCGCUAGAACUGCUUGGCCCAAAUACGGUUGACUCGAGAGUCAGGGCGUUUGCCGUGAAACAGCUGAGUCGGGCUCCAGAUGAUGUACCUCUGAAAUUCGAGAGUGUGGCUAGCGAGCAGCGGUCAUCGCGAUCGGCAGCUAGCGCAAUAUCGUAUGAGGACAGUGGCCUCGCUGACUUCCUCAUUGCUCGAGCUGUUCAGAAUCCAGUCCUGGGUAACCGAUUCCACUGGUACCUCAUGGUAGAGGUCGCUCUGGAGGAUAAAUUGAUGGCGAAGAUGUAUGGGCGAGUUGAUUUCAACUUUAUGCAGAAGAUUCUGGAGGCUGAGAAUGGCCAAGAGCGUAGACAUUCCAUGCUUCGUCAAGCAGAGUUGGUCGCCACUUUGGCCAAGCGAGCUCGCGACCUCCGUACAUCCAAAGAUCCCCGACCGAAGAAGAUUGAGAAAUUGCGUGCCUUCCUUGCCGACUCCAAACAUGGUCUCGCGUCGAUGCAGCCCCUCCCUCUACCUCUGAACGCCAAGUACGAAGUGACGGGAAUAAUUGCCGAGAAGUCGUCUGUCUUCAAAUCAAACUUGUUCCCGAUGCUGCUGUACUUCCAGUGUUCAGAUGGGUCCGAGUAUCCUGUCAUAUUUAAAGACGGAGACGAUAUGCGGCAGGAUCAACUGGUCAUCCAGUUGUUCACCCUCAUGGACCGACUUCUACGGAAGGAGAAUUUGGACUUGAAGCUCAUUCCUUAUGAUGUUCUAGCGACUGGUCCACUCCAGGGAAUGGCACAAUUCAUUCCGAGCAAAACCAUUGCUGCUAUCGUCAGCGAACACGGGACCUUGCUAAAUUACCUUCGGGCCAAUUAUCCUGAUGAAGGAAGUGUAGGCACGUACGGCGUGGAGCCAAGCGUUAUCGAUACGUUUGUUAGGAGCUGCGCUGGGUAUUGUGUCGUCACCUAUAUUCUCGGUGUAGGCGACCGGCAUCUCGACAAUCUACUGCUGACACCGGAUGGGCAUUUCUUCCAUGUCGAUUUUGGGUACAUCCUUGGACGCGACCCUAAGCCAUUUCCGCCUCCGGUGAAGGUGUGCAAGGAAAUGGUAGACGGCAUGGGCGGUGCCCAGUCUACUCACUACGCGCGCUUCAAGAACUUCUGCUUCACGGCCUUCACCAUUCUUCGCAAGAGCGCCAACCUCAUUCUCAACUUGGUCAUGCUCAUGAUCGAUGCCAAUAUUCCCGACAUCAAGCAUCGCGACGUUCACGAACAGAUCCAAGAUAAGUUCCGACUGGAUCUUACAGAAGAGGAAGCGAUCAAACAUUUCGAAGCCCUUCUCAACGAGACAUCUUAUUUCACCGCUGUCCUGGAUCGGAUUCAUGACCUGGCACAAUACUGGCGGAGUUAG